GUCUGCUUACUUAUAAUCCCCCCUUGACUUGCCAUUCCCCUCCCCCUACUCUUCUUCCUCCUCCCUUUCUUGGCCUCUCUCCUCCACAACCCACCCUUCCUUCCUCCCUUCCUCCCCUUGGUGCGUUCUUGAUUGCUGCAGAGAGGGAAAGAGAGAGAGAGAGGGAGAGAUGGGGAACAUCUGUGGUGGUUCAGGGAAGGCUCAUGUAUCGGGGGAUUGCAGGCCGCCUAGCUCAGGGACAAUGACCCCCAAAACAAGCAGCAGCGUCACAACCAGCAAUAGCACAACUGGGAAGCUCUCCUCUGUUGGCAGCAGCUUCAUGGCGUCUUCCGGAAGCGGCGGCACGAGCAGCGGAUUCGACGACGGGGUGUACCCAGAGGGCCAGAUCCUGGAGGCACCAAACCUCAGGACAUUCACAUUCAUUGAGCUCAGGACAGCCACCAAGAACUUCAGGCCGGAUAGUGUUCUUGGGGAGGGAGGCUUUGGGAGGGUGUACAAAGGAUGGGUGGAUGAGAAGACGAUGAACCCGGUGAAGGGCGGCACCGGCAUGGUUGUUGCUGUCAAGAAGCUCAACUCAGAGAGCAUGCAAGGUUAUGAGGAAUGGCAGUCAGAGAUAAACUUUCUGGGUAGGCUCUCGCAUCCAAACCUAGUCAAGCUCUUGGGCUACUGCUUUGAGGACAAGGAACUUUUGCUCGUGUAUGAAUUCAUGGCCAAAGGGAGCUUGGAGAACCAUCUUUUCAAGAAAGGAUGUCCUCCACUAUCAUGGGAACUGAGGCUGAAGAUAGCCAUUGGUGCAGCUCGAGGACUUGCGUUCCUGCAUGCCUCAGAAAAACAAGUCAUCUACCGUGACUUUAAGGCUUCCAACAUUCUUCUAGAUGCUAACUAUAAUGCAAAGCUCUCUGAUUUUGGGCUUGCUAAGCUUGGACCAACUGGUAGCAACUCACAUAUCACAACAAGGGUCAUGGGCACAUAUGGUUAUGCAGCACCGGAGUAUGUAGCCACUGGUCAUUUAUAUGUCAAGAGUGAUGUUUACGGUUUCGGAGUUGUGAUGCUGGAGAUGAUGUCCGGUCAGCGAGCACUAGACCCCAACCGUCCUAAUGGGCAGCUCAGCCUUGUGGACUGGGCGAAGCCCUACUUGGCGGACCGGAGAAAGCUUGCCCGCCUCAUGGACCCCCGGUUUGAGGGCCAGUAUAACUCCAAACAAGCUGUUCAGGCGGCGCAGUUGACGUUAAAUUGCCUGGCAGGUGAGCCCAGGAGCAGGCCCUCAAUGAAGGAAGUUCUUGAGACACUCGAAAGGAUCGAAUCAAUGAAGAGCCGAGCAAGGGAUGCAAGAGGAAGCGGUUCAUCAAGGGACCAUAGCCAUGGUCGCACCACAGCGCACCAACGGUCAUCGCCGCGCCCUGAUGGUCGCCGUGGAUCAAGGACCAAUGGUCACGCCACGAAGGCACGGUGAUAAACAGCAUUGGAGCUGAUGACAUUCUUCCUGUAAAUGGCCUAAAUUUUGUCUGAUGUUCAGUUGGAGAUGGUGAUGUUUAUUUGUUGCUAUAUCAUGAAAGAAGGCCCUUGUUGCCCAAUCAUGAUGAGUGUAAAAUGUAGCAACAAGAAAGAUAUAACUGUAAUUUGUAACCACUAGAAAUAGAAGGAAUAAUUCUUGAAAUGGCUUGCUCAAAAUAGCUUCCCCGCUGUGUUCAA